ACAGAAUUAACGGACAUGGAUUUUAUGGGUCAUCUUCUUCUUCAAACUCCAAAACCUUCAGUCUCCACACACUCAGUCCCAGUCCCUAAUGUCUUCAGGCCAAGAGCCCUUCUCCAAUCAGGACCCGACUCGAAACCCAUUCUUCUUCCCAGUCUUCUCUCUCUGGCUCUCACUGUAACCUUAAGUUCCCCAUUGUCUUCUUUGGCAAUCCCUUCUCUCAAUUCUCCCUCUUUUCCCUCUCCCACUACCCCAUUUUCUCAAUCCAAGACUUUGAAGGUUGGAAUCGAAAAUGGAAAAAUUAGACCAUGCCCAUCUAUAAAUCCUGGCUGUAUAUCCUCAAAUCCGAAAUCAUCAUCAUUUGCAUUCCCAUGGAGGAUUCCGGAGAAUUUUUCAGACAAUCCCAUUCAGAGAUUACAAGAAGCAAUCUUGAAAACUCAGGGAAACACAAAAGUUCUAGCGAUGGAAGAUACCCCUGAUGGCCAAUAUCUAUUAGCUGAGGUCGACGGCAGUUUCAAUACUCGAGAUUUGUUGGAGUUUUUGGUGAAAGGAGAUGUAGUUGCUUACAGGGCCAUGGCAAAGAAAGUUACCUAUGUCUAUCCAUUCACCACAGCUUUGGGGGAUUCAAGGGGUCAAGAAGAGCGUGUGAAGAGAAUCAUAGACGAGUUGGGUUGGUAUGCUCCCAGUUUUGAUUCCAUGGAAUGACACUCUGAUUAGUCAUGCAUGCAAAAACACACUGCUAUAGCUAUGAAAAUAUGUUAUUUUUUGCCACAUCCUGGUGGAAAUAAUGUAAUUUUUUUACACUACAUUUGUAAAAGCAUUCACUCUGCCUAUUGAUGUUGUAAUUACUUUUUUGGCUAGAAAUUCUGCUCUUUUGCUUGGCUACUUUUACUGCUAUUAAUUGCAGAGUUUUCCUUCCUCUUUA